AUGCCGUUCGAUCCGAGCCGCUGGAUGACGCAGCGCCGGAGGCAUCCGCGCAUUGGACCAGCGUACCAGGCGCCAAUCCCAGACUGCGUUCAAGACCUUUCGCGGGCGGCUCGCGUGCCUGCGGAGUGGCUGGAGGGUCCCUGCGGUUUACCCAACGGCUGUGCUCGACGAGGCUUCUCCACUGAAGGGUUUCCGCCGUUCGCGUCGAGCGACGCGUCGGGGGGGAGCCGCGGCUCUCACGACGAGGGCUGCGCAGGCAGUCGAAACGGAGGCGACGAAGGCCACCAAGACGACGAGAGUCAGAGGAGAAGCCCGCGCGGAGCGGGACACUCUGUGCGAGGCGAGGGCGCGCUGCCGCCAUUUGCGGCGACCGGGACGAGUUUGUCGCGGAAAGUGCGUGGCGGUGGCGGUGCGUCAGGCGCAGCCGGCGGGGGGGCGUGCCAGCCUCAGGGGGCAGGAGACGAGACUGGCUUCGAUGAGGGAGGGCUGGGAACGCGUCUGACUGGAGGUGAUAUUGAAGCGGCUCUUGGGGGAGGAGAUGGAGAUGGACUGCGAGAGGGAGAAGAGUUCGAUGAAAGCGACACGCACAAGGCGAGCGCGUUCAUUAUAGCCAGCCGAGACACUUCGCAGCUUUCUGCCUGGCACGCACUGGCACGGGCGCCGCGACGAGCCCAUACGGCCGCAGGCGCACAGGCGACACAUGCGCGUCCACAGGAGGUUUCUGCGUGUGUGGACGAGGUAGCCGCUGUUGCGUCUUCGCUCGGGAGUCAGACCGCAGAUGUACAAGCGUCUCCGCCCCUCGACACGAGCUCUGUUUCGAGCUCACCUGCACAUUCCACGGGAUUUCACGCUGAUUCGAUGCAAGCCGCUGGGAAGACAAGUCUCCAGCACCAAGCCGGCGCGACUGGCGAAACGGCGUUUUCAGACAAGGGGGAAACGAACCGCCCCGCAGUGACUGCGGCGAGCGCUCAAGAGGAGCGAGGCAACGGAGUAGGGGAGGACGGCGGACGCGAAGAACCUCUUCUGGGUGGGCGCGGGGUGGCAGCUCUCGACGAGGCAGUCACAGGCGCUGCGGUGGAAGACGCUGAUGGCGACGCAGGUGCGAGGGAGACGAAGCGACUGAAGACGCACCAGGUGUAG